AUGGAUAUUAUUAUUGAUCAACCAAUUGAUUAUUCCAAGGUGUGUAUUGGAACCUCGAUUACUAUUUUUGCAGCCUUGUUGGUUCUGUCAAGACUUGGACAAAAAUUGAAACAGUUGGUAGUAUUCUGUUGGGCAUGUUUUAUUAAACCACUCUUCGGAAAAGUCAAGCAGAAUAAGAAUGGCGAACAACAACAAUUAUUAGAAAGCUUUUAUCAAAAUCAAGCUCAUAUUUAUGAUAACACUAGAGAAUUUUUAUUAAAAGGUAGAAAAGAAUGCUUGAAGUUAGCCAUUGCUCAUUUAUCAAAGGAUAAAGGUAAAGUCUGGGUUGAUAUUGGUGGCGGUACCGGUAAAAACAUAGAGUACAUGAGUGAAAUAUACGAUUUGAGUAAAUUUGAAAAAAUUUACUUGAUUGAUUUAUCACCAUCGUUAUGUGAAAUUGCUCGUAAGAGAUUUGAAAAUAAAAAAAUAUAUAAUAACGUUGAAGUUAUUGUUGCUGAUGCUGCUGAUUUUAAAAUUGACUAUUCAAAAAUUGAUUUGAUUACUUUUUCUUACAGUUUAUCAAUGAUUCCAACAUUCCAUUCAACAAUUGAUAAUGCAGUUGAUUUAUUAAAGAAAAACGGAAUCAUUGCUUGUGUUGACUUUGGAAUUCAAUCUUCUGAUACUUCCAUGGGUAGAAUUAAUACUCUUGGUGGAUUGGUUAAUAGAAAUUUACCUUGGAUUUUAAGAAAUUUUUGGAGAAUUUGGUUCGAAGCCGAUAAAGUUUUCUUAGAUAGUUCAAGAAGAAAUUAUUUAGAGUAUAAAUUUGGUACCAUUAAAUCUUUGAAUGAGUUUAAUUAUUAUUUAGGUAAGAUUCCUUAUUAUAUUUGGAUUGGAUGUGAUAAGUCUAAAUCUACCAAAUUAUUACAUAGAAUUAACUGUUUAGCUACUGAAUCUCCUUAUUUGGCUCCCUCUGAGGAGACUCAAUUAGAAGAAUAUUCAACUAGUUUACCAAUUUCAAAAGGUCAUGAAGCUGCUUUAUCUAACUUUGCUAAAAAAUUACCUUUCCCUUCAAUUUAUUACCAACAACAAAUUUGGAGAGUUUACUAUGAUGAAAUUUGUGCAAAAUAUAAUCAAUUCGAUAAUCAAUAUAUUUAUGCUUUCACCUGGGAAGAUCCAAGAGAAGAUCAUAAAAUAUUAAAAUUCAAUGAAAAUGAAACGGUUUUAGCAAUUACUUCUGCCGGUGAUAAUAUUUUGGAUUAUGCUUGUUUAGAAUCAGCUCCGAAAAAAAUUCAUGCAGUAGAUUUAAAUCCUGCUCAAAAUCAUUUAUUAGAAUUGAAAUUAGCUGCUUUUAAAUCUUUGCAUAAAGAUCAAAUUUGGAAUUUAUUUGGAAAUGGUAAAAUUGAUAACUUUAAAAAUUUAUUAAUUGAAAAAUUAAGCCCUCAUAUGUCUUCUCAAGCUUUCCAAUUUUGGUUUGAUAAAGGUAAUGCUACUUUUAAUCCAAAUGGUAAUGGUCUUUAUGAUACUGGUUCCACUCGUUGGGCUUUAAGAGUGGCCAAGUAUUUAUUUAAAUUUUUCGGAGUUUCUUCUUCAAUUGAAAAAUUAUGUAAUUGUAAUUCGAUGCUGGAACAGUUGAAACUUUGGAAUGAUAAAAUCAAACCAACUUUAUUUAAUCCGUUUGUGGCUACUUUAAUGGUUGGUAAUCCUAUUUUCUUAUGGAAAGCCUUGGGUGUUCCAGUAAAUCAAGCUGCUAUGAUGGGUGAUUCUGUUUUAAAAUAUGUUAUUGAUACUUUUGACCCAAUUAUUAAACGUUCCCUUAUUUCAAAUGAUAAUUAUUUCUAUUAUCUUACUCUUAUGGGUAAAUAUUCCAAAAAAAAUUGUCCAAAUUAUUUAUCUGAAACAGGGUUCCAAAGAUUAACUUCAGUUAAUAAAAAUGGUGAAUCUCCAAUUGAUAAUAUUAGAAUUCAUACCGAUACUUUAAAUGAUGUUUUCGCUCGUUUAAAUAAAAAAUCAAUUACUAUUGCAAUCAUUAUGGAUCAUAUGGAUUGGUUUGAUCCAAAUGGAAAUGAUGCUCACGAUGAAAUCGUCGCCAUUAAAUCUUGCUUAGCCACUAAUGGUAGAGUCAUGUUACGUUCUGCUGCUCAAUUCCCUUGGUAUAUUAAAACUUUUGAAAAAUUAGGUUUUAAAUGUAAACCAGCUGCAAUUAGACAUAAAGGUGAGUCUAUCGAUAGAACUAAUAUGUAUGCUUCAACUUGGGUUUGUACUAAAGUUAUGGAUGAUCCGGAGCAUUCCAAUACUGCAAACCCUUCAACUCGUCGUCGUAUGAGUAGCUUGAGAAUCUGAUUGAUUCAAUUCUCAGUUCAAUUAGAUUAUUGUCUUUAUUUAAAUUUUUGUUCUUUUGUUCCUUGUUUUCGUUUUUUGCAGCCAUUAUUAUUUUUUAUAUUGGUGGUUCUCUUAACCAUUAUUCAUUUCUUAUAACUUGUGAUCUUC